GCUAAUUAUCUUUCCCAGUCGUACAAGCCAAACUUUCCAUGUGAUUUCUCUCUGCACGAUGCCUCGCGCCACCCGCUCAUCUGGGCUAUCGGCGGCCGCCAAGACAAAGCCAUACUCAAAACCUUCGCAAAGCAAACAAAAAGCUUCUCACAAGAGCCAAGGUGGCAAAAAAGAUGCCUCUCAAACAGAUGAGAAAAAGGAAGAAGAGCCGUCCACAAUAAAGAAACCAACUCCAAAAGCCAAGGACCCUAAAGCGUCUCACCUCUACACUGAUGACAACCCAUCCACAACAAUCCACGGGACAGGCUUCAAAGACGCCGCUAAAGCCCACGAAACUAUAUCCUUGGUUUCAAAACGCAGUCUUCUUUAUCAGUACCAGACGAUCAAUACGAUGUACCACCGCGCUACGCACCAUCCACAUAUCUCCACUUCAUCUGACAUGAAGGCAGCGCAGAAGGUCUUCCGCGAAUGGCUGGAUGUCACAUAUCCGUCUGCAAAGGAUUCUGAGCCCACUUUCCCUUUACUCAAGAAAGAUGUUGUAGAGGCCUACUUGCCGCUUAUUGAGGACUUGGCCGAUGAGGAGGCGCUGGUCUGGGCCGAGAAAUAUGCAGGACUGGCAAAGGGGAAGAAGUUGGCGAAUGUAUUGAUGGAUGAGAGUGUGCCAGCUGAGAGGGAUAUGGCUAUUGUGCGACAGGGAGUACUGGAGGGCAUUAUGAAGGAGAAGAACAGGGGGAGACUCCCAGAAAGAAAGGACGUCGAGUUCCUGUGGCAGACAGAUCAGCCGGCUUCGGGUCUGAGUGAAUCUCACUUACGAUGUGUUGCGUAUGGAUGGAGCCCAUGUACUACGGAUGUCCUGAUGAAAGCACUAAACGAUGGGGAGAAGAGUGCCUGAGGAAAAGCCAAAUGCAGUGGGGACAGCAAACCCCAAAAUACUCCAGUGUUGUCAUUUCGGCAACGUCAUAGCCCCGUGAUGACCUUGGGUUAUCGCAUCUAAUAAUAUGCUCAUGAAGCACGAACAUAUUUACAAUUAUCCCAUAUAGCAAAUCGAGA